AUGGCGGGCCCCGUGCCCGUGGAUUGUUAUGCCGUGCUGGGCGUGGGCUUCGGUGCCACAGCCCAAGAAAUCAAUACAGCUUAUAAGAAGCUCGCCCUCAAGUAUCACCCUGAUAAAUGCGGUGAAACUGACUCAGAUCGAUUUCGCGAUAUCGCCGAGGCAGCCGAGGUCCUUCGUGAUCCCCACCGCCGCCUGGAACAUGAUCAGUCGCUGGGCUAUACCCUCUACCCCAAACAAACCUUCCAUAAGUACAAUCCUCGAGGCGAACGGCCUCCCGACCACAGAAACAACAGGCAUUAUGACCGAGGCGGAGCCGACAACAUCUACUGUGAAAUGGGGCGCGCUGACGAACGCUACAUGCAUUCGUACGGCUCAAGCGUUCAUAUGGAUCCCCACUCCGAGCAGUCAAAGGAAGAGUCCGCGUGCAAAGCAGCCGCGGCCGAGGCUUGGGCAGCGGAAUAUGCAGAAAUGCAAGCCGAGCAUGAAGCAGAGAUGUCCUCCGACCUGAACGACCAUGAAGACGAUGUGGAAGCCGCACCCGAAGCAGGGAUCAAAGCUACGAUGGAGGAGGAAGACCCCUCAGAACCCUCCACAUGCGACGGUGUUAGGGUUGAUGACCCGCUCGCAGACUGGGACAAUAGCUCCCAGCCGCAAUUCGUUACGGCCAUAGGCCCACUUGCUCCUUUCGUUCCGUACUUCAACGCCCGGUUGAAUGACCCAAACGAUAUGUACACUAUGGAGGAUAUGUUCCGGGAGCUUCACUGCAUGCUUUUCCGCAUUUAUGUUGGCUGA